UUUUCAUAGCUGUGUCCAGAGCGAUAAUAUGUAAAAAGAAAAUAAAUUAGGGUUUAUAAUCCCACGAUCUUCUGGUAGGGGUUUUGAUGUUGCCUCUUGACCUUCGGAACCCGGUUGCACUCAGCGACGCCACAACGAAGACCAAAAGUAGAUAAAACUUAACUCGCAGCAGUUAGGAGUGCUGCCACAAUGGCUGUGUAUGAAAAACUGGACAUAAAGGGCAUUCUUGGAAGCCUAGACAAACCCAUACAGGGUUUCUCGAAAACCAAGAUAAUAUGCACGUUGGGGCCGAAAUCCAGGGAUGUUCCAAUGUUAGAGAAGCUGCUUCGAGCCGGAAUGAAUGUUGCGCGAUUCAACUUCUCUCACGGAACUUACGAGUAUCAUUCCGGGACACUUGACGCUCUCAAGCAGGCAAUGUACAACACUCAAAUAAUGUGCGGUGUCCUACUCGACACCAAGGGUCCUGAGAUCCGAACAGGGACCCUGAAGGAAGGACAAGUUAUUAAACUCAUACGAGGUCAGGAGAUUAUGAUCACGACAGACUACAAGCAUGAAGGUGACAAUACAAUGAUCGCCAUGAGCUACCCAAAACUUGCUCAGGAUGUAAAGCCAGGGAACUUGAUCUUGUGCUCGGACGGUACCAUUAGCCUCCUUGUGCUGGAGUGCGAUACAGCAGGUGGGAAAGUGAAGUGUAGGUGUGAGAACACGGCAAGUUUGGGUGAACACAAGAAUGUGAAUUUGCCCGGGGUUAUCGUCGACCUUCCUACCUUCACGCAGCGAGAUAUUGAGGAUAUUACCAUAUGGGGCAUCCCAAACCGGAUCGAUUUCAUAGCUGCAUCAUUUGUGCGGAAAGGAAUCGAUGUUAUCAGAGUCAAGGAGAUACUUGGAAGAGCAUCAAAAACUAUUCACAUCAUCUCAAAGGUGGAAAACCAAGAGGGACUUCAGAACUUCGACGACAUCCUGCGCGAGACCGAUGCAAUCAUGGUCGCAAGAGGAGACUUAGGAAUGGAAAUACCCACAGAGAAAAUUUUCUUAGCACAGAAAAUGAUGAUAGACAAGUGCAACGGGAAAGGGAAACCUGUAGUGACAGCCACCCAAAUGUUGGAGUCCAUGAUCAAAUCCCCCCGACCAACUCGAGCAGAAGCAACAGAUGUUGCCAAUGCUGUUCUGGAUGGCACGGAUGCUGUCAUGCUUAGUGGUGAAACUGCAAAUGGCAUCAACCCUGACGUUGCUGUGGGAAUCAUGGCCAGAAUCUGUCGGGAAGCUGAAAUGGCCAUCGAUUAUGCAACACUGUUCAAAGACCUUUGUCGAAAUGCUCCUGUACCAAUGAGUCCUCUUGAAAGUUUAGCAUCUUCUGCUGUUCGAACAGCCAACAAGAUUUGUGCAUCCUUAAUUGUGGUACUAACUCGUGGGGGGACCACUGCCAGAUUGGUGGCUAAAUACAGACCCAAGGUUCCUAUUCUAUCCGUGGCAAUCCCCGUCAUGACAACUGAUAGCAUUGAAUGGACGAUCAGCGAAGAGUCACCAGCCCACCAUAGCCUAAUCUGCAGGGGCUUGGUUCCGUUGUUGGCAGAAGGCUCAGUGAAGGCAACAGACGCUGACUCGAGUGAUGAAAUAUUGAAUGCCGCCCUAGAGUAUGCUGUGAGUAGAAAUCUUUGUAAGGCUGGGGAUUCGGUGGUAGCUCUGCAUCGCUUAGGGAAUGCCUCCCUCAUCAAAAUCAUGGCGGUCCCAGACAUCUACUAAAACUGCCUUGUUAAAUUCCAAAUCGAAAAUAUGUUUUAGGCAUUGAGUAUCAAUUUCCAGUUCGGACCAGUCGGAGAGAUGGAUCAGAUAGCCUAGCCUCUUCAUUAAUGAUGACUAAAAGUAGAAUGUGAAAUUAAUUUGUAUUUUAGCGUGUUCUAGAAAGCUAAACACAAGCUGGUCAUAACGAAAGACUCUCAUGCUGAUCCAGUAUUUGUGUCUGGAAGGAGUUGCGGUGGUAAGUGAUAGGUUCAUAAUUUAGAGAUGGAAUCACUGUACCUGCAGCCGUUGUGUGCUAGCAUUCACUUAAGUCAUGAGAAAGUAUCCAUGUGCCUGCCAUGGAUCUAAGCAUAAUGGGCUAAUGAGAAUACAUUUUUUGGUUA